UCGGCGGUUUCCGGUUCCGCCGCCCUCUUUCUUGUCAAGCAGGCGGCCGAGAGGGUUGGUGGCGGCGGCCGUGCGGACGCAGAGAUGCAGAUCUUCGUGAAGACCCUGACUGGCAAGACCAUCACCCUCGAGGUCGAGCCCAGCGACACCAUCGAGAAUGUCAAGGCCAAGAUCCAAGACAAGGAGGGCAUCCCGCCUGACCAGCAGCGGCUGAUUUUUGCGGGCAAGCAGCUAGAGGAUGGCCGCACGCUCUCGGACUACAACAUCCAGAAGGAGUCCACCCUGCACCUGGUGCUCCGUCUCCGGGGUGGCAUCAUCGAGCCAUCCCUCCGCCAGCUCGCCCAGAAGUACAACUGUGACAAGAUGAUCUGCCGCAAGUGUUACGCUCGCCUGCACCCUCGCGCCGUCAACUGCCGUAAGAAGAAGUGCGGCCACACCAACAACCUGCGCCCCAAGAAGAAGGUCAAAUAAGGACCCCUUGUCGUGGCUCCUUGGCCUCCGGCACACGACCACCUUCCCCAGCCCUGUGGCUCUGAGACCUCAAUAAAGUUUCCCUUUGGUCAACUGAAGCAGGAA